AUGCCCAAUAAACUAUUUGCAUCUUGUGCAUGUAGAAAUUUUGAACAUAUAUAUUUUCCCAGAUUAAUCAGAAGAAACUAUAUGAUCAUUAUCAAAUUUAAUAACACAGUUGAUUCUUGUGUUGUGUCCUAUAAAUCUCUGUUCUACAGUUUUUUUUCUCCAAUUCCAAAGGUAUAGACCUCUGCUUAUUCCUGCAGAAAUAAGAUAUUUAUUGUUAAAUUUAAGGAGCACAGUAGGUAUUUCACCAUCUAAUUUAGUAACUGUUUCACCAUUCAUUACAUUUACAAUCCAAAUUCUCCCAAAAUUAGUUGCAUAUGCAAAUGUAUAUUUGUUAAGUUGGCAAGCACAAAUCAUUCCAUCACCAGUAUUACUCAAAACAAACAUCCUAACUACUUUAGUAGUUUUAUAAUUAAUUAAAAAUAUCUCUCUAUCAGUUUAGUAACAUAAAGAAUUAGCAGUAGCAUUCGAAGAGAUAAUUCUAAUAAUAAAAGGUGUCUUAAAAGUUUUCUCAAUUUCAUGUUUAUUAUGAUCAACUAAUGUAAUCGAAUGUUAAUUGUGGUAGAGUAACGCUGUUAAAUUCUUAUUUAAAACAUAUAUUUAAGAAACGUUGUCAUUUUUUGGUUGAAUUUUAUCAGGUUGGAUGCAAUUAUAGUAUUUAAAGCUAUAUAAAUCGAAUUGUUGGCGAUUUUUUUAAAUAUUCUUAAUACUCUCAUCAAAAUUGGAUUCUAACGUAUUAGAAUCUACAGUUUAAUAAGCGCAUAAACUUAUUUCAUUUUUCAAACCUAUUAAUCCAUCUUGAAAUUAACAUUUUAGUGUAUUUAGUAUUUCUUCAAAGUCCUCACAAAGGUUAUUUCGAAAUGA